GUGACAGGUGUGUACAGAAAGUUUGUGGCCUCGUUGGACGAAAGACGCAUGUUUCAAGUGUAACUUGAACAGCAGAUAUUAUUGUCGGUAUAGGAGAACAAAUGUGCAUUUAGGUUUUAAUAAUUUAAGUCAAGAGCAUCAAGUCAAUUAUUGUUCCAAGGUGAUUUCGGCAAACUAUGGCGUCAAUUCGAGUAGCUGUCCGAGUUCGACCCUUGAACAAGAGAGAAAAAGACAUGUCAGCGAAGGUGAUCGUCCGCAUGGAGGGAUGUUCAACUUCCAUACUAAACCCAAAGCACAUAUCCAAAGGCGUCCCAGCAGAUGAAAUAAAAGAUGAAGGGAAGACGUUCUCUUUUGAUUUCUCUUAUGAUUCUACCGAUAUAAAAGGAGCCAGCUUUGUACCUCAGGAGCAGGUGUUCCAGGACUUGGGGAGUGAGGUUUUGACAGCUGCGUUUGAGGGGUAUAAUGCCUGCGUCUUCGCGUAUGGACAGACAGGCUCGGGGAAAUCCUACACCAUGAUGGGGAAUCCAGGCGAUGUGGGGCUGAUCCCGAGGAUCUGCGAAGGCUUGUUCUGUCAAGGAGCUGCAAACAGCCAGACUGAUGGGACAUCCUUCCUCAUGGAGGUCAGCUACAUAGAAAUCUACAACGAGAGAGUGCAAGACCUCCUCCAGAAGACGACCAUGGUGAAGGGCAGCCUGAGGGUGAGGGAGCAUCCCAAGGAUGGGCCUUACGUCCAGGGCCUGUCCCAGCACCAGGUGCAUCACUACAGCGAGGUGGAGGACCUGAUGGCGUCGGGGAACGCCAGGCGCACCACGGCGUGCACGGCCAUGAACGACGUCAGCAGCCGCUCCCAUGCCAUCUUCACCAUCCACUUUACUCAGGCCCGGUUUGACCCUGCCCUGCCGAGUGAGACAGUGAGCAAGGUCCACCUGGUGGAUCUGGCCGGCAGCGAGCGAGCAGACGCCACACGCUCCUCUGGGGCCAGGCUGAAGGAGGGGGCCAACAUCAACCGCUCCCUCGUCACGCUGGGCAGCGUCAUCUCAGCACUGGCUGACCUGAGUGACAGUGGACAUGGUCCCCAGGCCUCCAGGAAGAGGAAGCUGGUGUUCGUUCCCUACAGAGACUCGGUUCUGACGUGGCUCCUAAAGGACAGUCUGGGAGGGAACUCCAAGACCAUCAUGAUCGCAGCCCUUUCCCCAGCUGAUGUCAACUACGGAGAGACUCUUAGCACCCUGCGCUAUGCUAACAGAGCUAAAAACAUCGUCAACUCUCCGAUGGUGAACGAGGACCCGAGCGUGCGGGUCAUUAGGGAGCUGCAGGCGGAGAUCGCCCGGCUGAGAGACAUGGUGGGACCGGCCAAUCAGGACCUCUCAGGGGACCCGGCCUCCACACUCCGAGUGGAGAAGAAACUUCACCGGAACGAGGCCAAGGUGCUGGAGCUGACCAAGGAGUGGGCGAGCAAGUGGGGAGAAACACAGAACAUCCUGAAGGAGGAGACCCUGGCCCUGAGGAAGGAGGGGAGUGGGGUGGUGCUGGACUCGGCUCUGCCUCACCUCAUAGGCAUUGACGAGGACCUCCUGAGCACAGGCAUCAUCCUCUAUCAUCUGAAAGAGGGAAGAACUCUGGUUGGUCAAGAUGAGGCAUCAUCCAAUCAGGAUAUUGUGCUCCAUGGUCCUGGGCUCCAGAGCGAUCACUGUGUGUUUGAGAACUGUGCAGGGACAGUCACUCUGGUCCCCAGCCCUGGUGCAUGGUGCUCAGUCAACGGAGUGGAGAUCCAUCAGCCCUGCCACCUCACCCAGGGUGCUGUGGUGCAGCUCGGCAGGGCCUCCUUGUUCCGCUUCAACCAUCCCAGUGAAGCGGCCCAGCUCAGAGAGCAACGCAAGAGCGGCCUCCUGUCCUGUUCCAGGCUGUGUGUCUCUGUGCCAGACCUCUCCAGAGCCUCUGAGAGCCUGGCCAAGGCCAUGCUCCUCUACCCAGGGUUGGAGUUUGAGAAACGGCAACAAGAAAAACUGAAGAAGUUGGAAAAUCGUCGGAAGCAAGAGGCGGAGCCACAGACCGAGGGGGUGGGGCCAGUAUACGAGGAGGUGGAGCCAGGGAUUGAGGAAGUGGGGCCUGGGAGCAAGGAGGUGGAUCGGCAAAGUGAGGGGGUGGAGCCAGAACCUAAAGGGGCGGAGCCUGGCGUCGGACAGCAAGGGGAGGAGGAACCGAGCGAGGGAUGCCUGGACACCUGCGAUGAGGAGAGGAGAGGAGAAGAGGCGGAGGGUGAGGGAGGAGAGGCUGGGGGGAAGGAGGCCAGCAGGGAGGCUGGGGGGAAGGAGGCCAGCAGGGUCGUAGGUCACGAUGACCCCGGAACUAAGGAGAGGAGAGAGGACCGGAGGAAGCUGCAGUCAGCACGACCUGGGGUCCACGCCCGGAACAUCAGAACAGCCUCUGUGUGCAGGAUGGACAGCCCGUCAGCCGUGAACAGAUCCAGACUACCCAGGCUCACUGUGCCCUAUGUCUCACCAGGGAGCUGCCCCAUCACGAAUGAGGUCAUACUGCGGACCCGCCUCGUCUUCCCCCCUCGCUCGGCCCCGAGCAGAGGAGACGUCCGUCAGCGAGGGGUAAGCACCAGGGACGCCCUGGAGCUGGAGAGGGACUCGUCUCACGAAUCAGGGCCAGAGAUGGUGGCAGACGGGCGGGCUGGGGGAGAGGCUGGGGCUGGGUCUGGGGACGAGGACGAGGACAGUCCAGGGGAAGGCUGCCUCCGCCAGGAGCCUGUCCCGGGCAGGGGUGAUGGAUGCGUGGCGGGGCCGGAGGGGCACGCUAACGAGAGGCAGGGCGUCCUGGCUGACGGCUCAGAGGGUUCGCCGGGCUCAGAGGGGAGCUCAUUAGACGACUCGACCCUCCUGCGGGGCGCGGCGGGAACCGCGCAUAUAACCGGCCUUCCACACGCCGACGCUCUGCUCUCCGCAGAUCCGCAGCAGACACGUCAGGCUGGGCCUGGUUCAUCGGAGGAAGCCGCCCUGGAGGGUCGGUUCAGCCUGGCUGUGAUGGAUGGAUCCAGGCCGGUGGUGGAGGGGCAGGGGGGCUGCGAGACACAGUCCCAGGCAGAGGAGGUGCUAGACAGGGAGCAGGCCUCCGGGCUGGGCUCUCUGGUCAGCAGGGUGUCGUGGGUGUUCCAGGACGCGGGGAGGUUUCUGCGUGGCUGUCCAGCCCGGUCCAGCUGGUCCAGUCAGGUGGUGUCUCUGCUGCUGGACAGCCAGGCCAUGUCGGUGGUCAAGGACAGUCAGGUCUUCUCUCUAGUCAAAGAAAGCCAGGUGUUCUCCCUGGUCAGAGACAGUAUGGUGUUCUCCUUGGUGAAGGAGCUACCGUUGGAACUCAACCAGGAUCUUCAGCCUGUAGAGUCAGUUCUGGGUCUUCAAAGUCCCCCAGCCCUCUGUCUGCCCCCAGCCCAGACUCCAGGCCUCUCUCUGCCCCCGGCCCCCCCUGGCCAGACCCCAGCCGAGGCUACAGACCCCCCACAGCACCCCAGCACUGCAGGGGAAGGACAGCAGAAGGCCACUCUCCAGGAGCUGGACCCGUCACAGGAUCAGGACAGCGAUCGAGCUCCCGAAGAAUCACACAAACAACCCGAAUGUAAACAGUGUGAGGGAACUGAGAUUGAAGAACCGCAAGGCACCUACGGAACUAAAGACCAGGACUCACCCUCACUUGAAGAGGAGAACACAGGCUUAACCCCUGUGGUAGCCCAGGAAGGUUCUGUGGUAGCCCAGGAAGGUUCUGUGGUAGCCCAGGAAGGUUCUGUGGUGACCCAGGAAGGUUCUGUGUUGGUCCAGCAGGGCUCUGUGCUGGCCCAGGAGAGUGAGGGUGUUCCCGUGUUUUAUCAGAGCCUGGUGGACUUCUCUGCCAACUUGCUGCAGCUCCGGUCCCUCCCCCUGCCCAGCCUGGUGACCCACCUCCAGUCUGCCCUCCCAGCAUCGCUCCUCAGCUCUCAGAAGAUCCUGGCCCUCUACUGGCUCAGCGCGGCCACGUGCAGCCAGCCCCUCCCUCAGCCAGCCCUCCUCAUCCUCCUGGAGUCGGCCCUGUACACCCUGACCUCUGACCACGCUCCCCUGGCCCUGUUCCACCAGCUGCCUCUGCUCCAGCUAAGGGAGGUGCAGGUGGGCUUCGCGGGCCAGAGCGUGAGGCUGCUGGGGCUCACCGAGGACAGCCUCCUCAGCCUCCACACCCUCAGCCCCAGGCUAACCCAGGAGCUGUGCCGCACCCUGCUGGGGGCGGUCCGUCCUGGGGACGUCCAGGCCCUUCGCCACCCUCUCCUCCAGGGGGACCUGCCGGGGCUCUCCCUGGCCUGGGGAGCUCACGUCCCUGACCUGCUGCUGGACGCGGGGCUGCGUGUGUGCUGCCAGUUCCAGAAGAGCCUAGCUGACCUGGUGUACCUGCUCCACGGGAACAUGGAUGAGGGGCGUCCCAGCCUGGGGGAGGUGUGCCUGCUGCUGUACACCAGCGUGGGGGUCUGCGUGAGCCCCCAGCCGCGGGCCCAGCCCCGAGCCCAGCUCCUCCUCACGGACACACACCUGGCCCUGCUGCAGGAGGACGGGGUGUUCCACCCCCCGCCCCGCUCCCUCCGUCUGGCCCCCCUCCGGCCGCAGUUCCAGGAUCUGACGCUACGCCGGCGCUCCCAGAUACGUUGCGUGCUGGUGCGCGACGGCGGGAACGGGCCCCAGGGCAGAGCGAGGAGGCUGGACGUCAUCUGGGCCCGGCCGGGGGUGAGGGGUCACACGGAGACGGAGGCCUCUGCCUCCUCUGGUCGGGCCUCUAAUUCAUCUCUGCAGGCUGAAGUGUGGAAAUUAACUUUGGGCUGCUCCGCUGAGGCUGCCUGCCUGAUUAAUCAUUUGUCAGACGUCUGAUCGCCGACCAGACAGGCAAUAAUGAACAGUGCAGCCAGUACGCCAGAACCAGGCGUGCUCCACUGCACCUUAAUCAACACAGGGAAUGAUCUCGGCAACACAGGGAAUGAUCUCUGCAAUUAGAACAGGACAGGCUGCUCUAUGCAGAUAUGCAAGCCUCUAUGUAUUUAUAUAUAGAAACGUAAUAUAUAUGUGGUUUAAACGUAAUAUAUAUGUGGUUUAUACGUAAUAUAUAUGUGGUUUUAAGAUCAUUGUCACACAUAUGAUCACAGGUUUGAUCCGAUAUAUGUAUUUGACCAAGCUUUUGCACUGUAAACACUGUUCUUCACGGCUCCUUCUACCUCGGUUUGUUUUUCCCUUUUUUUACACGUUGCACAGUUUUUAAGUAUGAUACAUUAUCACUUCAACGUGUUUAUUGGAUGCUAAACCAGCACAAUCAGUUAUUUUAUGUGAUGUUCAUACAUGUGUCUUAGACAUUUUAGAGAGAUUACACUUAUUUUAUUUAAAAAC